GGCCCCGCGCGGGGAAGCUGAGGCCGCGCUCCCACCUCCCCUCGGCGCAGCUUCGCACCUCCCGCCGCGUCACCCGUCGCUGCUCCCGCUCCUCAACGGCCGCGGGGUUUGGGCCUACCUAGCGGUCGGGCCACCUCCGCUCUCUCCGCCGUGACGAAUCGGCGCCCGGCUGGCAAAUUACCCAAAUUCGGGGAGUUUUGAGAAACGUAUGGGGCCUGAAAAAAUCCUUGAUUGUACUAAGCACCACCGCGUCCCCACUAGAAGACUUAUUUUUCUUAAGAGAGUCGGUUGGAGCCUUGAAAGGAAUUAAGAAGAGUGUUGAAAGUGCGAGCGCGGAAGCUCCGGACGCGAGGGGCGGGGCGUGCGCGGGACAAAGGGAAGCGAGGCCGGAGCUGCGGGCGUUUUUUCUGCCCGCGGUGUCUCAGAUUCAUUCUUAAGGAACUGAGAACUUAAUCUUCCAAAAUGUCAAAAAGACCAUCUUAUGCCCCACCUCCCACCCCAGCUCCUGCAACACAAAUGCCCAGCACACCAGGGUUUGUGGGAUACAAUCCAUACAGUCAUCUCGCCUACAACAACUACAGGCUGGGAGGGAACCCGGGCACCAACAGCCGGGUCACGGCAUCCUCUGGUAUUACGAUUCCAAAACCCCCAAAGCCACCAGAUAAGCCGCUGAUGCCCUACAUGCGGUACAGCAGAAAGGUCUGGGACCAAGUAAAGGCUUCCAACCCUGACCUAAAGUUGUGGGAGAUUGGCAAGAUUAUUGGUGGCAUGUGGCGAGAUCUCACUGAUGAAGAAAAACAAGAAUAUUUAAACGAAUACGAAGCAGAAAAGAUAGAGUACAAUGAAUCUAUGAAGGCCUAUCAUAAUUCCCCCGCGUACCUUGCUUACAUAAAUGCAAAAAGUCGUGCAGAAGCUGCUUUAGAGGAAGAAAGUCGACAGAGACAGUCUCGCAUGGAGAAAGGAGAACCUUACAUGAGCAUUCAGCCUGCUGAAGAUCCAGAUGAUUAUGAUGAUGGCUUUUCAAUGAAGCACACAGCUACCGCCCGUUUCCAGAGAAAUCACCGCCUCAUCAGUGAAAUCCUUAGUGAGAGUGUGGUGCCAGACGUUCGGUCUGUUGUCACAACAGCUAGAAUGCAGGUCCUCAAACGACAGGUCCAGUCCUUAAUGGUUCAUCAGCGAAAACUAGAAGCUGAACUUCUUCAAAUAGAGGAGCGACACCAAGAAAAGAAGAGGAAAUUCCUGGAAAGCACAGAUUCAUUUAACAAUGAACUUAAAAGGAGGAGACACACCUUGAAGAAACGACGGAAAGCCAACAGAAUGGUGAAGAAGGCACGUCUACUCCUGAGGACAAGGAGAGCGGGCAGGAGGGGGUGGACAGUCUGGCAGAGGAAGGGACCAGUGAUAGUAACACUGGCUCAGAGAGCAACAGUGCAACUGUGGAGGAAGCACCAACAGACCCCGUACCAGAAGACGGGAAAAAAGAAUAAAUGUUGCCUUGUUUUAUGUGUUCUAAAUACUUUUUUAAAUGAAAAAAAUGUUUUUCGAGUUUUAAUGGUGUUAUGUGGUUUGUGUAUUAAUUUUUUUCUUGUCCAUAUCAUACCACCAAAGGCUUUUGGACCAUUUAGCAUCAUGAGCUGAAUGGCACAGUCACCUUUCUUAAGCGGGAAGAAGAUGAUUCUUUUCUUUGGAUCUUGUUUCUAGCCCUCAACUGUUGAAAGCCUCAGAAUUUAAAUUAAUUGAGAAAAUGCCCACCUCUUUUAGAGAAGUAUCCUUUGAUGCUGCAGAAUCUACUCUUAAAAUGCCUUCCUACAGCUCACUUGGGUGCUUCCCAAAGCCAUAGCUUUAAACCUUCCCAGUGCCCAUCAACAGCUUCCUGAAGGGCCCCUUUCCUGUUUGCUUCCACAGAGAGUAGCUUCUUGAAAACAUAGUUGUGUGAGUUCACUUACCCUUUUUUUAUUUUGAAUCAAUGUCAGAUACCAAGAGUUGUGUUAAGGUGUUUUGUGUACCUACAGCCAACACUUGGAUUGUAUUGAUCCAGAAAUAGUCUUCAUAGUUACUGGCUUAUGAAAUAGUCAUUAAAGUGAACAUGACACAUAUACAUUUAUCUAUACUGCCUUUUGUUAUAAUUAAUAUUGGAUAUGUUCUGGUGAAUUCAUCCCUAUUGUACGGCGGGGGAAAAUUACUUUUUUACCAAGUUUUCCAAAGACAGAAUAGAUCACAAAGCUGAAGGAAUUGAAUAUUCUUGCAAUGGAGGAAGUAACUUCAAAAUGAUUAGCCCAUUCUAGAAGAAAAACAGCUGGGAAUUAAGUUCAUCCACUGGAAAUUGUUUUACAAUAAUCAAAACAUUUAAAACCUCAAGGCUCAGGAUCCCAUAGAUAAGAGCCUACCUUUUUGAUAAACUCUUAGUAAAGUCUUAGAGACCAGAAGCAAGAUAGUUUGUGACACAUAUGCAUUCCAAAAACUAGAAUAGAUUUUUACUGAAUAGUGGUAUAACUGGUGGUAUAUGUUUCUUAAAGGUCCAAAUGUAAUAAAA